AUGGAUUUGGACCUCAAUCGUGAUCUUCAAGACUUCCAGCAUUUGCUCAAUGACCUUCAGGUUGCUUUAUAUGAGUUUAAGCAUUCAAAGAACAAAACUGACAUUGACUUUGAGCUCAUCCGUCUGAAUACUCAGGCCCAGAGCACAGACCUCUACGAAAAACUUGAAGAACUCGCAAACAUUAUAACAGCGAAACUUGAUUGCGUAUCUGGAGAUACGCAGGAGGACAUGGAAUACCAGUUUGCACUACUCAAAGAGCGUUUUUUCGAUGUGAGAGUGGACUUCAGAGAAUUAUUGCUGUCCUCAAAAUCUUGGACAGCGCAAGAGGAAGAAGAGCAAACUGAUGAGCUUACAGAUGAGCCGAUCCUCGAUGAUCAUAAUCUUAAAAAACUUACAAAGGAAGAGCAGCUGCUGAACAAAAACUCGCUUCUCACGAGGAAACUGCAAAUCAAGUUCUAG